AUGGCAAAUCAACCCCCUAUUGCAAUUUUGAUCGUUCAUGGGGCGUAUUUUCUCCCCUCGGCCUGGGAAGACUUUUGCCAGCGUCUUACUCAAGCAGGGUUUAUCGUCCGUUGCCCGCGUUUGCCUACCUGCGGCGAUGAAAGGCCACCCACUGCCCUUCUCGAGCAGGACGUGAUGGCCGUCCGAACGGCUGCCCAAGAGCUAAUGAACUCUGGCCACUUCAUUAUAGUUCUGGCUCAUUCAUAUGGUGGCAUCGUUACAUCGGAAGCGAUCAACCAGGAUCUCUACGCGCGCGACAGUGGCAAAGGGGUUGCAUACCUCAUCUACCUGAGCGCAUGGCUGGUCCAGCCAGGAAGCUCACUGGCGGAUGUCAUCGCCAAGUAUGGCUUCCAGUGCAAGGUGGACAUCGGCAUCAACGAAGAUGGCACCAUGGUUGCGAAAAACGCGCCCGAGUCCUUCUAUAACGACAUCGACUCUGCAAGGGCAGAAGACCUAGCUAGCAGCAAUGUAACCCAUAACUGGCUUGCAGCGUCAGGUCAAGUGAAUGGCGCACCUUGGAAAGACAUGCCGAUGACAUAUAUCUAUUGCACUCGGGACCUAGCCAUCAUGUUGCCACUGCAGGAGAGCAUGGUACGGGAUGCAUUGAACGCGGAAGGUACCUCCAGGCUCAUCACAGAGACCAUAGACUCUGGUCACUGUCCUUUCUUGAGCAAGCCCGAAGAGGUCAUUCGGAUUUUACAGCGAGUGGGGGCUGAGAUAAGUUGA